GCCCCCGCCGCGGCGGACAGGACCGUGCGGGCUGCGGGCUGGCACCGGGCCCGCCCCGCCCAGCACCGGCACCGGCUCCGGACCCGGCCCAUGGCGGCUCCGGCAGCGGCCGCCACCGCAGGCAGCCGGUGAGCCCAGGCCGGAGCGGGUGGUGUGGCCGGUGGCACGGCCGGUGGCGCAGCGGGACCAUGCAGGCAGAGGCCAGAGGGGAAUUCCGCGGCCGGGACCAGCGCCCUGGUGCUGGUGUGGCAGAGCUCGGCAAGGAGCCGCUGGCCCUGGAGCGCCCAGCGGGGACCCCCACCCACGGGCCAGCCCAGGAGACCCCUCAAGUCCCCCCAGAAGAGCAGGGUGGCAUCCCUAUCCCCAGCGCUGGCCUGCUGCAGGUCACUGAGCGUCGACAGCCCCUGAGCAGCGUGUCCUCGCUGGAGGUGCACUUCGACCUGCUGGACCUGACAGAGCUGACGGACAUGUCGGACCAGGAGCUAGCCGAGGUCUUCGCCGACUCCGACGAGGAGAACGCAGCCGGAGAGACUCCCGGCGGGCUGCAGCCGCCGCCGGUGCCGCGGGCCGGGUACCUGCGCUCGCCCUCCUGGACCCGCGCGCGGGAGCAGGGCCGCGACAAGAAGCACCUGAGUGACCCCGAGCUGCCGUCGGGACCCCCGGGACCCCCGGACGCCUUCCUGCCCGCCGAGCGCCCGCGGGAGCCGUAGGGACAGGACCUGCUGGAGGACACCGGGACACGCCGGUGCUGCCCCCGUCGGUACCGAUGGAGCCCGUCCCCGGGCGCAGGACUCCCGUUAGCCCGCCCGGAGGGCAGAGACGGCCACAGCCCCGCGGGGGGAGGCACUGGGGACGCCCACAGCCGGUCACCCGCGGCCUCGUGGGGGGAACCCGUUCGGCCCCGCCGGGCCCCGGGGGCGGCACGGCUCCGGUUGCCGGGAGCGGCGGGUGGGGCAGGACGGGACGGGUCGAACGGCCCAGCCCGGCCUGACGGAGCGCGGCCGGUGCCGGCCCGGUUCUGAUGUAGCAGCGCUGUGAUCCGGUAAAACCGACCGACCGACA